AUGGAGGCUCUGAAUGAAGCUGGGCUGUGCUUUCCACAGCUAAUCAACACUUCCUGCAGAAGGACCCAGCACUUUCCUUCUGAGAACAUUUUGCUUUACGUUAUGCUGUCCUGCGUGUCUUUACUGACUGUGACUCUCAACUUGCUGGUCAUCAUCUCUGUCUCCCACUUCAGGCAGCUCCACACUCCCACCAACCUGUUCCUCCUUUCUCUUGCUGUCUCAGAUUUCCUUGUUGGACUGCUGCUGAUGCCCAUUAGAAUCCUGCUGACUGGAGGCUGCUGGAUUUUGGGAAGCCUCAUGUGUUCUCUCUUUAACUACACCUCUUUUCUCCUCACAUCUGCCUCAGUAGGAAACAUGGUGCUCAUAUCAGUUGACCGAUAUAUAGCCAUCUGUGACCCUUUGAGUUACCAUGUUAAAGUGACACAAAGAAGAGUUCAAAUCUGUAUCUGUCUGUGUUGGGGCUGCUCUGCAUUUUACAAUGGUGUGAUAAUGAAAGACCAUUUGAUAGAUCCAGACAGAUAUAACUCCUGUUAUGGGGAGUGUGUACUUUGGGUUGAUUUUCUUGUACAAGCUUUUGAUGUCGUAUUCACAUUUCUUACUCCUGUUACAGUUAUUAUAGUUCUGUACAUGAGAGUGUUUGUGGUGGCUGUGUCUCAGGCUCGGGCCAUGAGGUCUCAAACUGCAGCUGUCAGGAUACAAGGUUCAGUUGGCAUAACUGCUAAGAAGUCUGAGAGAAAAGCAGCUACAGUUCUUGGUGUUGUUGUAAUUGUGUUUAUAUUUAGCUUCUGUCCUUAUUUCUAUCCGGCUUUGGCAGGACUGAAUUUUUCAUUCAAUGAUUUUCUUUCAGCAUUUGGGAUCUGGUUAUUUUAUUUUAAUUCAUGCCUGAAUCCACUUAUCUACGCUUUUUUCUAUCCCUGGUUUAGGAAGUGUCUUAAAUUCAUUCUAACACUACAAAUCUUGCAGCCCAGCUCCUGUGACAUUAACAUACUGUAG